GUCUCCCGACGCCCUGUUGGUGGUUGUCUUAUUAUAUUCCUCACUCUUCUCCUGACUCUUUUUUCGCAUCCCCCUCGCAAGACGUGUGAAUCACUUUUCCUUGUCGUCAUGUCACAGCAACCGCGCUCCAAAAGCGUUUCGCCCUGCGAUUCUCUCUCACCUCUCGAUGAUGUUGCGAAACAGGCCAUGGCCGACAAACGACAGUCUGAUAUGUUUCGAGACGUCAUUGGCUUCUUCCGCGAAGAACACGGUAAGUCGCAGCUUCCGCACUGGCCCGAGCAAACAACCGCGCUGCAACACGGGAGGCGACAGCUAAUGCGCCGAACAGCACCCUCUCGCAAGGCAAGAAUCCCAGAGAUCGAAGUCAAGAUCGUCUACCCGAAACCGCAGCCGCAACCCACCAUCACAGUCACCGCGCCGGAAACACCACUGCAAACAGCACCCGCAGUCGAAGCUGCCCCAGCCUCGCCAUCAACAAACACAUGCGAGCCACGUUGCCGCCCAGCAGCAAUCUCUCGCCUCCACCGCCCACCUCCCCUCGACCUCACCCGCACCAAUGGCCUGACUUUCCUUCCCCUUUCAGACCUCCGGCAGCGGAUCGAUCAUGCUCGCACAUCAAACAAUACUACGAUCGUCCAGGUACCGCGUUCCAAGGCUGAGCACCUCCCCAAGACUCCCGCCACUCCAAGCCCACUGGUGAACACCGCGCUCAUCAUGGGCAACAAUGUGUCCUCUGCUCCCGCUCUGCCGUUGGAUGACCGUGCGAGCGUACGGAGCACUGUGAGACGGCCUGUGCGGAUGCUGCGAAAGGGCUCCGCUAGUCUUUUGUUCAGCAAGCGAGUUGAUUCGAAAUCGCCUUUGCCGACCAAGCCCGCCGCUGCACCAAGGCAAGCGUAUCAACCGCCCUGCGCAGUUGGCCUCGAUGGUCCUGAGGAUGAGAGACCGGAUCAAACGUCCCAGGAAGACUGCAUGGGCGACAAUGAGGUGGCAGAGGUGGAAGUGUCAGACGAAUCGCCGGAUGCGGUACGGCCUCAGUCGUAUUCACCAGCGACAGUCAUUCACGACACUCCUCGGCAGACUCCCAGCCAGGCAGCCAAUGCGCGUCCGUCCGAGACUGACACACCACUUAAACACCACAAGCCGUGCAAGGGGAGCAAAAGCGAGCCGGACCUCCAACGAGCAAACGCGCCUUCACGCACUUUAGCCUUGUCGCCCAGCAUACCCGCCCCUUCUCCACUCCCGGAAGACAGCCCGCACAAGUAUGGGUUGCUGGAUCGUAUGGACACGCCAGAUCUCCCCACCGCACCGCAAGAGAUCCACAUCGUCAAGCCGCGGCGCAGAAGUACAGGCCCCGAAGUCUUCCACGAAGCGCAAAGCCUGCAAUCCGCCUCCUCCUUCCUCAACAGCCUCUCCGCCUCCCGCCGCCGCGCCGAAAACAUCCAACGCACCUCCGACUCCGCCCUAGCAUCUCACACCACGACCACCACCCAAACCAAACCCCGCCCCCGCCGCCCCACCUCCGCCCUAAACACCCACAACGCACCCCCAACCGACCGCUUCCGCAGCCACAACUUCAAACACUCCGGCUUCGCCUACUCGCGCCCCCUCACCCUCACACAACUCAAGUGCUACCGCGAGCACAGCCGCCUCGUGCCCUCGCGGAACAAGCUGGCGCCUGUCGAGUGCGCCGUUUGCCAUAUUGACGAUGACGCGGAGCACUUUUCUUGUAGUUGGUGUGCGUUGCGGAUGUGCCGGUUUUGUCGGAGGGAGUUUGAUGUUAAGGGGGUUGGGGCGCUGAGGGAGCGGGUGCGGUUGGCGGAGUUGGAGGGUGAGGGGGUGGAGAGUGGAAAGGCCGGGAAGGGGGUUGUUGGGGGGGUUUGGGAGGUGGUGUAGAUGUGGGUGAGGCGGAUGUAGGAGGUGGCGGUGUUGGAAAGUCUGGUCGUGAUGGUGGAUAGAACAUAUACCCCUUACCGCGUAGUCGUAAUAUACCAGAGAUUCCCAUCCUGAGC